AUGACAUUUGUUUCAGACUUUAAACCAGAACCAUUAGCAAAUACAAACCUAUUCAAGCCAAUUAAAUUAGGUGGAUUGAACCUAUCACAUCGUGUGGUAAUGUCCCCAAUGGCAAGAUUUAGAGCUAGUUCUCCAGGUAAUGUUCCCGUUAAAGAAUGGGACAUUAAGUAUUAUUCGGCAAGAUCAACUCACCCAGGUUCGUUAGUAUUUACCGGUACAACCUUGAUUGCACCAGAGGCUACAGGGUUCGAUCAUGCACCAGGCAUAUGGUCCGACGAACAAGUUGAACAAUGGACCCAGAUCAUCAAAACUAUCCAUGGAAAUAAGUCAUAUAUAUUUGUCCAAUUAGGUGCAUUAGGUAGACUAGGCUCCCCAAAAUGUCUAAAGAAAAACGGUUAUCCCUACGUAUCUGCCUCUCCAGGCUUAUACCCAACUCCUGAGUUGGAAAAGGAAGCUAAGGAGUCUGGAAACCUUUUAAGAGCUUUAACUAUAGGGGAGAUUCAUCAAUAUGUUGAAUUUUAUAAGAAUGCUGCAAAGAAUGCCAUUAGAGCAGGUGCUGAUGGUGUUGAAUUACACUGUUUGGUAGGGUAUUUGAUGAAUCAAUUUCUUGAUCCAAAAUCAAAUCACCGUACAGAUAAAUAUGGCGGUUCCAUUGAAAAUAGAGCACGUUUUCCAUUAGAAGUAUUAGAUGCAUUAAUUGAGGUCAUAGGUGCAGAAAGAUUAGGUAUUAGAAUUUCUCCAUACAAUGUAUUUGGUGGUAUGUCUGGAGCGGAAGAUCCAACUUUAAUUGCACAAUAUUCAUACCUGAUUGGUGAAGUUGAAAGAAGGGCACUCGAAGGUAACCGUAUCGCUUAUGUACAUGUCUUGGAACCUCGUGUUACUAACAUUUAUUUACCUGAAGGAGAAGGUAAUUACACCGAAGGUACGAAUGAUUUUAUCUAUUCUAUUUGGAAGGGACCGGUUAUUAGAAGUGGUAAUUAUGCACUACACCCUGAAGAUGCUAAAAAUGUUGUUAAAGACAAUAGAACUUUGAUUAGUUAUGCUAGAUUCUUUACAUCCAAUCCAGAUUUACCAGAGCGUUUGGAGAAAGGGUUGCCUCUUACUAAAUAUGAUCGUGACUUAUUCCUUGCGUACACAGAAGAAGGGUACAACGAUUACCAAACUUAUGAACAAUUAGCUAAAAGUAAUAUAUAG